GAAAAGAAUCGUUAACGUGUUCUCUAAAAUCACUGUGCUGUGAUUUUUUUUUCACUGUAAAAAAUAACAGUUCUGUUAGACCUAUUUAGAUUCCCAUCAUGCUAUUAUGUUGAGUGUUGUCUGUUGUGUUGUGUUGUGGUUAAGACUUUUACGAGGUGUUGAGAGCGGUAUUUGAGAGGGUUGUACUUAUGAUCAGAAAUUUAAUGAGCAGCUCAAGUAAAACAACUUCUCCUAUUUGGGCAAAGGAAAUGUCAACCAAGAGAAACCAGCCAUACUAUUAUAACAUCAUAACCAAAGAGUCAGUGUGGGAGAAACCAGAAGGCUGCGAAAUAAUAGAUAAGACCCAACAGACACCUGUGAAAGAAGAUAUAGUACAACCAUCGGAAGAGGAUUCCGAUAAUGAUGAUCUGGUGAAGUAUGUUAAAAAUCCAGAAGCAAUAAAAAACACAGUAAAUUUAAGUGAAAUGGCGAGGAAUAUUUUAGAGGAAAUGGUAGAAAUGAAGAGAAAAGAGUUAAAUUUAAAAAAAGCAAAGAACCAAAAUAACAAAGAUGAAGAAAGUAAACAAAAUUCCGAAGUUCAUAAAAAAGCUGCCACUGAUGAAGUUGAACCCCGUUGCUCAAGAGAUAACCGAACUCAAGAUCAUCUUGAAGGAACAAAUGUUAACUUUCAACGGAAACGAAAGUUAUCUUCUAGCACAGGUAUUAACUUAGUUCAUCAUUUCAAACUGAGAGUGAUAAAUUGCUACAUUUUUUAGUAAAUAAUGAAAUAUAUUUAUUAGCUC